UGCUGGAAUCCUGUCACAGGGCUGAAUGGGUCACUAACUGACAAGAAACUGGAGAAUAACAUGCGUGGAGUGGUUCUCCGUGUGGUGACUGUUCUGGAAGAACCUUUUGUAAUGGUCUCAGAAAAUGUCUUGGGUAAGCCGAAGAAAUACCAGGGCUUCUCCAUUGAUGUCUUGGAUGCCUUAUCUAACUAUCUGGGUUUUAACUACGAAAUUUAUGUUGCACCGGAUCAUAAGUAUGGAAGCCCACAAGAAGAUGGGACAUGGAAUGGCUUGGUAGGAGAACUAGUCUUUAAGAGAGCCGACAUAGGGAUUUCUGCUUUAACCAUCACCCCAGAUCGUGAAAAUGUGGUGGACUUUACAACACGUUACAUGGACUACUCAGUGGGAGUACUGCUUCGAAGAGCUGAAAAGACAGUGGAUAUGUUUGCCUGUCUUGCACCAUUUGAUCUCUCUCUAUGGGCUUGCAUUGCUGGCACAGUCCUUCUGGUGGGUCUUCUGGUCUACCUGUUAAACUGGCUUAAUCCCCCACGAUUACAGAUGGGAUCAAUGACUUCGACUACUCUCUACAACUCAAUGUGGUUUGUGUAUGGAUCGUUUGUACAGCAAGGUGGGGAGGUCCCAUACACAACUCUGGCUACCCGAAUGAUGAUGGGGGCUUGGUGGCUAUUUGCUUUGAUUGUCAUCUCAUCUUAUACAGCAAACCUUGCUGCUUUCCUUACUAUCACCCGCAUUGAAAGCUCCAUCCAGACUCUUCAGGACCUUUCUAAGCAGACAGACAUCCCUUACGGCACAGUCCUGGACUCUGCAGUGUAUGAGCAUGUGCGCAUGAAGGGAAUGAAUCCUUUUGAAAGGGACAGCAUGUAUUCCCAAAUGUGGAGGAUGAUCAACCGAAGCAAUGGAUCAGAGAAUAACGUCCUGGAGUCCCAAGCAGGCAUUCAAAAGGUAAAAUAUGGAAAUUACGCUUUUGUGUGGGAUGCAGCUGUAUUGGAAUAUGUGGCUAUCAAUGACGCAGAUUGUUCCUUUUACACCAUUGGAAAUACCAUUGCUGAUCGGGGAUAUGGAAUUGCAUUGCAACAUGGCAGUCCUUACCGGGAUGUAUUUUCACAAAGGAUCCUGGAGCUUCAGCAGAAUGGGGACAUGGACAUCCUGAAGCACAAAUGGUGGCCAAAGAAUGGCCAGUGUGACCUGUACUCUUCAGUGGACACUAAACAGAAAGGAGGUGCUCUGGACAUAAAGAGCUUUGCAGGGGUCUUUUGUAUCCUGGCUGCUGGAAUUGUCCUCUCCUGUUUUAUCGCCAUGCUGGAGACGUGGUGGAACAAGAGGAAAGGCUCCAGGGUUCCCUCAAAAGAGGAUGACAAGGAAAUUGACCUGGAGCACCUCCAUAGACGUGUAAAUAGCUUGUGCACAGAUGACGACAGCCCCCAUAAACAGUUUUCCACCUCGUCCAUUGACUUGACCCCUCUGGACAUUGACACUUUGCCAACACGACAAGCACUGGAGCAAAUCAGUGAUUUCAGGAACACUCAUAUUACCACAACCACCUUUAUCCCAGAGCAGAUCCAGACGCUUAGCCGCACACUGUCGGCGAAAGCUGCCUCUGGUUUCGCUUUUGGCAACGUGCCUGAGCACCGAACUGGCCCUUUUAGGCACAGGGCACCUAACGGGGGCUUUUUCAGGAGUCCUAUAAAAACAAUGUCAUCUAUUCCUUAUCAACCAACUCCUACCCUGGGGCUCAAUCUGGGUAACGAUCCCGACCGAGGCACCUCCAUAUGAGCAUUCAACAAAUCUCUUCACUGUUUCUUUCGUAGGACUCCCUUUGCAAGGAGCGCCUAUAAUGUUGUGGGACUAACAUGGAUGUAACUUUUUUUUUUUCUUAAUCAGGAUUAUUAGUAACAAUUCUAGUUCUUUCUCCCCACCUUCUCCCUCCUCUCUCCUCUAUGCCUUUCUCUGUCUUUUCUCCCUCUCUCUUCCCAUACAUUUCCCUCCACUUUUUUUUUUCGUCACUCAACUUGUUCCCCUAAGAAGAUAGUACACUAGGAUCCUAUUAGUCCGCUUUUCAUAUACUGUACUUCAAGUAUAGGAAAUGUGCGCUGAGUAUACUAAAAGUAUAUGCAGGAUUAAUUUUACAUAAAGGCCUCUUACGUAACAUUUCUCUAUUUUUAAAGACAUAAUUGCAAUAACUUCAGUCUUUUUACAUUCUUCUGCUGCGUCCAUACAAUGCUCCACUGCUGUUGAGUGUCCUUUAACUGUGGACCAAAGGCAACCCCUGCAGUGUGUUUAUAAAACAAUUUGAAGACCAUUCAGGCCACAUAAUCUGAGAAUGCAAUUUUGUAGGACUACAAAACAAGCCAUUAAUAUGCCAGUCAAGACUACAGUUAAAACUACUCUCGCACUGCAACAGUGCAUAUGACCUUUAUGUGAUUGUACAGUAUUAAAAGUUUUUUCUUAUGUACAGUAAACUUUAUCAUAUGGCAGAAGCCUCUAUUGUGUUAAAUAAAUUAGUAUCUCAUACAUAUACAUAUAUAUAUGCACCUAUAUAAUGUGUAUAUAUAUUGAAAGGCGGCCAUUGCUAUUGCAAUUCAUUUAAUAAAGCUUUAGUUUAAAAAACAACAGGAUUGUAUGCAGGAACUAUGUUUAGUGCAGGGGGUCUUUUCAGUUAGAAAAGGCAGGUUGCUUUAAUGUUAUUCUGACUCGCAUUGUUUGCCAACAGAGAAUAUUUUAUACUUUUGUUAUUAAAACAUCCAGGGCGAUUAAAUAUUUGUUCCUAGAUGUAAGUCAUGUGAGUAGGUUUUGCAUUUGUUAUUCAGCAGUGUACAAAGCUAACCUUGAUAACUUUACUUUUAAUUAAUUAUCUAAAUGGAAAAUGCUAUUAGCUGAACCAUGUCCACAACAGCACAUAGAGCUCGAUAAGAGUUUAAACAUAGAUCAUUGAAGGCUAAUAAAUUCGCUUCCAAAGCAGUAAGCCAAUUAAUACAACUGUAGUUGGGGAGAAAUGGGAGCCCUUAAAAAAUUGAUGUGGCCUUAAUUACCGUCAUACAUUAUCCUAAAGAAGAAAAUAUAAUAACCAUAUUGGGCUCUCAACUGAACCCCCUUUUUAUAUUCAGUUCUACUUGGAGGAGUUAUGUAUUUUUUACAUUAGUGCCAAGUGUGUAGAAGGAUGACGCAAAAACAGUGCCUCUUUGCGCACAACCUUUUAAAGUAGCAUUCUUACCUGUUAGAAACGUAGCCUGAACUUCAUUUGUAAUCCUCAAAUUAAAAUGUGGUAAGUAGGAAGCAAGAACUUAUCCUGUGUUCUUACACAGCCAUACACUUAUUUUAAUCUAAUUCAUUCUGUGGCUAGGAUUGAUGUAGGCAUCAAUCUAUGUGAUUUGCUUUAGGAGAAAUUAAAGGUAUAUUAUAUUUUGAUGCUAAUUAUGUUCUGGGGAGCAUCUUGUACUGUCACUGUUUUUGUACUAAAUCUUCAAAUAUUGUCUACUGUGUAAGGCAGAAAAAUUUCUUAUCAUGCAAAAACCAUUUUGUUUCCAGGGUAACAAGUACCUAAGUGCAUGCACAACUUGUUUUCCCUUGUAACGUUCAUGAUCUCAUCCAUGACUCUGAUUUUAAAACAAAACAAAAUAACAAAAAAAAAUCUUUAUGAAAAGCUAUAUAGGGACAUUCCAGAUGUUGCAGUGAUUUUAGCUAUCAAACUGUUAACCAUGUACAAUAUUUAAAAUAGGCCUAUUUUGAUGUAUUGCCUAUUAUAUAAAUACACAAAAACACUUUUUGGAGGCCUCAGUUAUGAGUGGCAGAGCUUUCUGUGUAUAAUUUGUCUAAAUAAUUUGUCUAAUAAAAAUGUUUUCUAAACUUGCUCUCAUA